AUGGACUCCAAUUAUAUUUUGCUCCAGAUCCGUCACUAUUGUAUACAAACCGAGGCUAUGUCAAAACUUCAUAAGGCGUUGACUAUCGAUCCUACAAAUGAUAAGGCUGUGUGGUACUUAGGGGAAGUUCACAAGUUUAAGGCGUUUCUAAACCCCGAUCAUGAUGAGGCGAAAAUUGAGUAUGACGUGGCAUUUCGAUAUUUCAUAAAGGCUGUAGAACUGUCUCCACGGAAUGAAGAUUAUCGCUACUCUUUGAAAAUAUGUGCUCAGCCUGCACCUGAGAUGCACAAGAUGAGGAACAUGCAAGGUGAAGUUGGUCUAGUUGAUCAGAUAUUGGCUAGAGAGUCUGGUGCCUCUUCUUCAAGUGUUAAGGGCACUUAUGAUUUAAAGUGUGAGUUACUUGGGGGCGUAAUUCUUGCUAUUGGGCUUGUUGCAUGGAUAAUUAUGACCAAGUCCAAUGUGCCUCCACCUCCAUCAAGUUCAAGAUAA